AUGAUUGAGGAGCAGCGAGGCAUUAUCAGAUUUGUGACAGCGGAAGACGUUAAAGCGGCCACCAUUCAUCACCGGAUGGUGACCGUAUACAGGGAAGACUGUGUGUCCGACAAGUCCGUGAGAAAAUGGAGGGCCCGUUUUCGUGCAGGCCGUGCGAGUUUGGUUGAUGACCCGAGACCAGGCCAGGCAAACACAGUCGUCACGGCCGAUCUCAUCGAAAAGUUGGAUGACCUAGUGAGAAGUGAUCGGCGUGUCACAUUGCGAAUGUUGGCAGUGAAGUUCGAUGUCAGCAUUGGAACAGUGUGGACAAUUGUUUACGACAGGUUGCGUUAUCAGAAGGUGUGCGCGCAGUGGGUUCUGAAGCAGCUCACCGACCAGCACAAGGAACUGCGUAUGGGACUAGCACUUCAAUAUCUGUUUCGGUAUCAUGAAGACCCCGCUUUCCCGGAGUGGAUCAUCACAGGUGAAGAGAGCUGGUGCCAUCACUACGAGCCAGCGACAAAGCGGGACAGCAUGCAGAGGAAGCAUGCGUCGUCACCUCCCCCUAAAAAGUGCAAAGCCGUGGCGUCAGCAGGCAAGGUGUUGCUCACCAUCUUUUUCGACGUCCAAGGUCCGCUACUUGAAUUUCUCAAGCACAGAACCAUUAACUCCGAUCUGUACUGUGAGACACUCCAAAGCCUACGCAGGUCCAUCAAGAACAAAAGACCAGGGCUGCUCACGGAAGGUGUGGUUCUGCUCCAUGAUAACGUGCGUCCACAAGUCUCCAGGGUCACACACGCGGAACUGGCCAAGUUCAAGUGGAAGCAGCUUGAGCAUCCACCCUACAGCCCGGACAUGUCGCCCUGCAAUUUUUGUGUGGUAGGUCCCCUGAAAAAACAUCUGAAAGGUAUGUGCUUCAACUCGGACGACGAACUCAAGGAUGCUGUGAAGGACUAG